CUAUAAAAGCGUGGAAAGUAUAUAAGCGCGCAUACGAACAACCCCGUUUAUUAGAGCGUGGAUUUUGACACCGCAAAAACGAAAGAGAAGAGAAGAAAUCGAAAUUCUAGUCCAUCAAAAUCUCUCAAUUUCUUUUUCGAAUCAAUUAAGAUUGCUGAGAUUUGCCCCUGAAUUCUCUUUAAGAAAAAAAAACUAGAAAUGGCUGUAGGCGGAACUGCUCCCCCAAGAGGAAGUGCAGCAGCAGCUGCAAGCAUGCGCAGGAGGAGGACAGUCAGUGGUGGAGCUUCAGGAGGAGCAGGAGCAGCGGGGACUAUGCUUCAGUUUUAUACUGAUGAUGCGCCUGGACUUAAGAUCUCUCCAAAUGUUGUUCUUGUUAUGAGCAUUGGUUUCAUUGCUUUUGUUGCUAUUCUUCAUGUUGUGGGCAAGCUUUACCUUGUUCGUAGGGAGGCUUAAAAUGAUAGGAAGCUCCGUUUGGUGCCUUGAGCUUGAAUUUUCGAUUUUGAAUCAAUAGACUAAUGUUUUAAGCAAAUGGAUGUUGGUUUUGAAUCUUAUUGACUAAUUGUUGUUGCAA